GUGUCUGUGAGCAGCUCAUUCCAAACAUGGACAACAAGGAGGCGCUGUAUCCAAUGGUAUCAGUGUAUGAAACAUUGCUCAGGAUUGAAUAGCUACAUUCCCUAUCUGAUCACAUUAACACUUCAUCACCCGCGGAGGAGAGCUCAGUGCAUAACAGGAAUGACACUAAAGGAUCAAGGAGAUUACUGUUUUAUCUAUAAUGACCCAACACACCAUGUGGACUUCCUGGAAUCCUUCAGAAUGUUUUACAAACAGGGCCUGUUCACUGAUGUCACUUUAGUGAGUUCCACCGGGGAGACAUUUCGGUGCCACAAAGCGGCCCUGGCCGCCUGUAGCCUUUAUUUUAAAGUGAUGUUCACAGCAGAUAUGAAGGAGAAGUCUAAUGGCCGGAUAAAGCUUACUGGUGUUGACCACACCAUCCUUGAGGCACUACUGAACUACACCUACACUUCACAGAUCAAAAUCACUGAGAAGAAUGUCCAGUGUCUUCUUCAAGCUGCUGACCAACUCCACUUUGUUUCAGUAAAAGACGCUUGUGAACAGUUCUUAGUGAGGCAUCUUGACAUUGGCAACUGUUUGGGGAUGCAUUUGUUUGCAGAAUUCCAUGUUUGUCCCCAUUUAGAAAAGGAGUCUAGAAGGAUCAUUGUUUCCAGUUUUGAGGAUGUAUGUACACAAGAUGAAUUCGUGGAGACCAGCCUUGAGAAAUUGGUCUAUAUCUACUCGCAAGAGUGCCUCAAUGUCCCAAAAGAGCAGACCCUUCUCAAGUCAAUAGCUAGGUGGAUUGGCUACGACCCUAAAAAACGUGUUGGCUACAUUUAUGAACUACUGAAAUGCCUUAAAAUAAAGGUGGAUGAUAACUAUUUGAGGUCAGCUUUGGAACUGCACAAAAAGCACUUGCUGAAUGAAAGUAAGAUACAGUCUUUGCUCUGUUACUGUUUAAGAUCUCAAAAUCAAGAAGCUUCCAAGAGGUCAACUGCAAGCAUGUUUGUGAUUGGAGGAUAUUAUUGGCAUCCAUUAUCAGAAGUGCAUGUAUGGGAUCCAGUAAGUAACAACUGGAUUCAGGGAGCAGAUAUGCCAGAUCAUGCUAGAGAAAGUUACAGUGCCACAACCCUAGGGCCACAUAUUUAUAUAACUGGUGGAUACCGGACAGACAACAUUGAAGCUCUUGACACUGUAUGGAUAUACAAUGUGGAAUCAGAUGACUGGACAAAAGGUUGCCCCAUGCUCCGAGCAAGGUAUUACCACUGUUCAGUUACAUUAGGUGGCUGUGUAUAUGCCUUGGGAGGUUACAGGAAGGGGGCCCCUUCACAGGAAGCAGAGGUUUAUGAUCCGCUAAAGAAGAUGUGGUUUCCAAUUGCUAACAUGAUUAAAGGUGUUGGAAAUGCGACGGCUUGCGUUCUGCAUGAUGUCAUUUACGUGAGCGGUGGACAUUACGGUUACAGAGGAAGCUGCACGUAUGAUAAAAUUCAGAGUUUUCGUUUGGAUUUAAAUGAAUGGAGCAUUUUAACUGUCUGUCCACAUCCAGAGUAUGGAUUAUGUUCCGUUGCGCUAGAGAACAAGCUUUACCUAGUUGGAGGACAGACGACUACUACCGACUGCUAUGAUCUGGAGAACAACGUAUGGACAGAAAUGUCACCGACAAUAGAUCGUAGAAUGGAGUGUGGAGCAGUGAUUAUAAAUGGAUUAAUCUAUAUCACAGGAGGCUAUUCCUAUUCUAAAGGCACCUACCUGCAGAGCAUUGAGAAGUACAAUACAGAACUGAACAAGUGGGAACUGGUGGGAAACCUUCCUGGCCCCAUGCGGUCACAUGGCUGUGUAUGUGUUUAUAAUGUGUAGUAGAACAAUUUUAUUUAAUAUGCAUCUUCGGGAAAAAAAAACUAUAAUUCAGGCAACUAAGACAAAGAGAAUGUGUUUUACAGAUGUGAUAAGAAAGACAUUUUAUAACAACAGACCAGAAUGUUUGUAUGGAGCAUCCUUUUGCUCCCAAAGAACCUAUUGGACAAAAACAGCCUUACUGAUCUGUUUAGCGCCAGACUACUCUCAAGUAAUGCUUAGAGGGAGCACUGACUGUCACUCACCCUCAGGAAUUUAUCAAUGUGAAGUUACUAGGUCAAGUUUGUAAAAUCUCAGCAAGUCUGGAACUUUAUGAUUUUGAUGUGAUACCUGCUGAGUGCCUGUGUCCCCAUCGAAGAUGAGCCAUAAUAAUUAUACUGUUCUGUUAUUGGGGGCAUUAUGGCAAAGAGUUGAAUGUAGUGUAUGGUGAAUUAGUAGUAAGAAAUGGUAGGUGCUGAUGUCAUGUUGUAGAUAACUUGUAUUUAAUUUCUAUAGUUUAAAUACUGUGGCCUACAAUUUCAAAUUCACUUUGAAUUCACAAUAUUUAACACUAGUGAACAGCCCACAAUUGAUGAGCAGCAAACCCAAUCAAGAAUAAAGCUUAUGCGCC